AUGACCAAUCAGAGGCUGAAGACCCGGCAGGGCACCCAGGCAAAAGUACGUCAGGUUGGCAUUGGGUUCGGGUUUCCAGACCUGACAGGCCAAGCACCAAGGUUGGCCGGUGCACACUGCGGCGAAAGGCUGGAGGCUGGAGUCACUCAGCAAAGCACCAUGGAAUGGAUCCGUAACAAUGCCCCCAAGCUCACCCAGUGGCUGCAAGUCUGCGGCCUGACGACGAUAGCAAAGACGAUACGAUGGGGCCAUAAAACGUGA